AUGGCAUCGGACGAAUCACUCCCAACCCUUAAAAUUCUCCUGAUUGGCGCAUCAGGCGCAGGCCCUUUUUUCGAACAGUUCUUUAACCACGAGGUAGUACUUGUUCGUUAUUGCAAAGACCAAUAUGACCACGAAUUUUCUACCGCUACCAUUGGUGUCGACUUUGAGACAAAACGUGUAGCAGCCGGAGGCAAGCCGUAUCGGCUCACGCUACUCGACACGGCGGGCCAAGAGCGCUUUCGCUCCCUCUCCAAAUCCUACUACCGCAAUGCACACGGUAUCAUGGUUGUUUACGACAUCUCUAACCGCCAAAGCUUCCUAUCUCUCGAUAGCUGGUUCGAGGAGGUUGCGGAAAACGCAGUGCCGGGCGCUAUUACUUACCUCGUCGGCUGCAAGAGCGAUCGGGAGGGAGAGGGCUGGCGUCGCGUCAGCGUCGACGAGGGCCGAGCCAAGGCAGCCGAGAAGGGAGCUGUCGGCUGGUGCGAGGUUAGCAGUAAGACUCGCACUAAUGUGCAGCGAGUCUUCGACGAAGUCAUCGAGGCCGUCGUCCGUGAUCACGACAUCACGCCCGCAACGGCGUGGCACUCUGGUCUCGUCAAUCUCACGGGCGAGGCCCGUGGCUAUGACUCUACGUGCUGGAGCAACGUUCGGCGCUUCCUAAAUCUGAAAAAUAGCGGUUCAGGCAACGGCUGA